UCAUAAGGUAAUAUGAAUGCGUCCAUGAUUACAUGUUGAUACUCAUACUCUAAUGACUCUUGGAAUUGCUUGGUGUCAAUUACCUAGAUAACACUGGUGUUGUCAUGAAACACUUCAAUGACAGUAGAUAAUGUAACUAGAUCAACUCUAAGCUAACCUUGGAUAUAACACGACACGAUAAUAGUUGUUAUCAAAGCACUUGUGUAAGGACCAUCUUUAAAAACCAGUAUAAGUCUUACGAUUUAAAAGUUAAAAAUAACCAUUUUGCAUUCGUAGUAGAUCUAUUCGGUCGCAUAUGGUCUCUUAAGAACAUUAAACCAUCAUAACAAGACUACGCUGCCGUUCAAUUUUGCACAAUACCCAGAUUUCAUAAAUGACUGACAAAUUAUCUUGUUUCCUACGUCACCAAGAAACAAAUGAUUGUCCAUUUCAAACGCACCAUCUAGGUGAAACUUGUUAAUCAUCGAGGCUCUAAAGCCAAGUUGUACACGUUUUUCAUGUGUUGUUGUUGUCAGGAAACACCUUAAUCGGUUCAGAACACGAGAAAUCAUCCUUUCGAAAGAACGACGUAACUAUCACAACGUUGACCUAAAAUCGAAUAUAUAUAAUGUGAUGCUUAGCUUGUGUUGAUGACUCGGUGCACAAACUUGUUCUUACAUUGCUAUGAAACAAUACAACUCAUUUAGAAUACAUUAGCGAGUUGCAAAUUAAUGGGUAUCAAGACAUCCAACACAAAUGUCAUAUGCAAAAUUUUAUACUCAUCAAACCAACAUAAAUAGUAGACAACACGAUACAUUUUUGUAUACAAUCUUUUCCUUGUUAGGACUAUACUAAAUCAGAAUUCGAAGCAUCAAGCUCAAUAAAUCAAAACCAAAUUUAUUUACAUACUAAAACAACCUAACUAAAUAUAUACAAAAUUUACGUACUCAAUCGAUUCCUUCAACAAAUUCAGCACGGUAGAUUCAGUUAGACACUUACGAUUGUGAGUUCGUGACACUAAUCCUCUAGUGACCACACUAUUUUCCCUACUCUUCCCCACACACAAUCACAUCCUCCCCCAAUAUGAAUUCAAAAUAGGAAAGCGAGGUCCAAAAAGUAUCCAUUCCCACAACGGGACUUUCUCUCUCCUAUCACCUCUCUCUCUCUCUCUCUACCUCCUUUCCUUCGCCACUCCAAUGAACUUCGUGACGGCUCAAGCGCCUCUUCCCCUAAAAGAUUUAUAUUAUUAAGAUAAAUAAACGAUAACUCCAAAAUUUAUUCCUCUUUCAGAAAAAUCCUCCAAUUCCCACAUCAAAACAUACAAAAUCAGAACCAAAAAUCAAACAUUUUUCUCUUCUUCCUCGCAUAAUCCCACAGCUGUAGUUUACCAAGCUUCUCCCCUUUCCCUCCCUCAAUAUCCCCACUCCCGUACGCGUUUACCCACCAGAAUCCUCGACUUCUUCUUCUUCCUUCCGCCAUUUCCCCCCCACCACUAGAAAAGGGGGAAAAUCCAGCAGCUUCAUUCAACACGUCACUUCCCCCAUCGGAACCCAGAAGCCCAAAAUCACUAAAGAUGCCGGGUUUCUUCGUUCCCUUCGCUCUCGCCGCGUUUCUCUUCCUACCCAUCUGCUCGAUUGCGCAGACUACCGGCGGCGGGACCCGAGCGACGCCCUCGGCGGCGGCGCCGGCGCCUGCUGCCGACGAAUGCAACGGGAUCUUUGUGUCUUAUCGUACAGGGACCGGAUCCAAGAUCGCGCCCACGGACCCGAAGCACCAGCCCUACCGAUUCGAGUCCACGCUCACGGUGCAGAACAACGGGAUCGAGAGGCUCAAGUCGUGGCAGGUCUAUGUAGGGUUCAAGCACGAUGAGGUGUUGGUUUCGGCGAGCAACGCGAUUUUGGCUGAUGGGUCGAGCUACCCUGCUUUGGUGGGGAACGGCACGGUUUUUGCUGGGUUUCCGAUGACCGACUUGAAGACGGCGAUUGAGACCGCCGGGGACUCGACUCAGACGUCUGUUGAGGUUAAGAUGCUCGGGACUCAGUUUGGGGUGAAGCCGCCGGCGAUUCCCUGGCCGGAGAAUAUUACGUUGGUUAAUGAUGGAUGGGCUUGUCCUGCUCCUUCCACUCUAGGGGGAGCAAUGUCUGUUUGUUGCAUAAGAGAUGAGAACGCCAAGAAGAACAUAACACUACUCGACGGUGAUUUCCUCCCUCGACAGAGCGGUGAUCUCACCAUUGCCUAUGAUGUGACCAAAGCAUAUGAUUCCAGCUACUGGGCACAAGUCACUCUCACGAACCACAACCACUUGGGUCGUCUAGAUAACUGGAAGCUCAGCUGGGACUGGAUGCAGGACGAGUUUAUCUUCUCCAUGAAGGGCGCUUACCCUUCGAUUGUCGACUCCUCGCCUUGCAUAUUUGGGCCACAGGGUGAGUACUACAAGCAGCUGGACUUCUCCACUGUUUUGAACUGUGAAAGAAGGCCAACCAUCAUCGAUCUCCCACCAACAAAAUUCAAUGACUCAACUGUCGGGAUGGUCCCCUUCUGCUGCAGAAAUGGGACAAUCCUGCCGCCAUCCAUGGACCCGAGCAAGUCAGUAUCUUCUUUUCAAAUGCAGGUUUUCAAAAUGCCACCAACUCUCAACCGGUCGGACCUUUCGCCUCCUCAGAACUGGAAAAUCAAUGGUACUUUGAACCCGGAUUACCAAUGUGGUCCGCCUGUGAGGGUUAGCCCGAGCGAGUUUGUAGACCCAAGUGGCCUCCCGUCGAACUCCACAGCUGUUGCCAGCUGGCAGGUGGUCUGCAACAUCACUCAACCUAAAGGAUCUUCGCCUCGAUGCUGUGUGUCAUUCUCUGCCUUUUACAACGACUCAGUCGUCCCAUGUAACACAUGUGCUUGCGGUUGCCCUAACCGAGCAGCUCGAACCUGUAGUGCUAGUGCUCCACCGGUUCUUCUCCCACCAAAUGCUCUCUUGGUUCCUUUCGACAAUCGGACCAUCAUGGCAAGUGCUUGGGCGAAUAUAAAGCACCGGCAGGUCCCUAACCCAAUGCCUUGUCCUGAUAACUGUGGGGUCAGUAUUAACUGGCAUAUUAACACUGAUUACAAUCGAGGAUGGAGUGCUAGGGUCACUCUCUUCAACUGGGCCGAGAUUCCUUUCCCUGAUUGGUUUGUUGCAGCAGAGAUGGAUAAGGCAGCUGGUGGGUUUGAGGCCAUGUACUCGUUUAAUGGAACGAUGUUGAAGAACUCCAACAGUACUAUAUUCAUGCAGGGUCUUCCAGGGUUGAACUAUCUUGUAGGUGAGACUGAUGGGUUGAACCCAAGUAAAGAUCCGCGAGUGCCUGGAAAACAGCAGUCAGUGAUCUCAUUUACUAAGAGGACUACACCAGGGAUCAAUGUGCCUUUAGGAGAUGGGUUUCCAACGAAAGUGUACUUCAAUGGUGAAGAGUGUUCGCUUCCUUCGAUGUAUCCGACGAGUGCUGUCAGCAGAAGGGCACCUGCAAGUAUCAUAUCUGUUAUCCUAGCAGCUCUGCUGGCAUCUAUAUUGAUGAAGGAGCUAUGCUAGCAACUUUGUGGGGAGAUGAGAUGAUUUUUUCAUUAUUUUUCUCGGGUUUUAGGCCACGCUGGAGAGGUCCUUGAAGAUGUGCAAACAAUUCGACACUGGUAAAUACUCUGAGGUUUGUUUGUUUGGAGGCUGGUGAUGAAUGGGUUUGUUAGGAGAGGAUAGGGUUCUCUAUCUGAAAACCCUUGUAGCUGAUAUCAGCACUUGGUCGCAGACAUACUGAAUCGAACCUAAAUGUACAACGGCGUGAUUACUCUCUGUAGAGAUGUUUCCAUGAUUGACAGGAUGUCUAGAUUGAUUCUUUGUGCUGCUCGUACUACUCCUCAUACUACUGCUACUAUGUUCUACUUUCUUUGUAAGUUUUAUUCUAUGAUAGAGAUCAAUCUUGAACUGAUCAGUCUUUGUAUUAUAUAACUGUUUGUUACCUUUGGGGUGAAUCUUGAAUAUAUUUUGCCACAUAAUGAUGAAGUUUACUGCUUGACCAGAUCUACUACUUUCGCAUUCUUGGAAAGGAAGGAAUGUUAUCGACACACAUGACCCCUUUUUUUUUACCACAUUACACUUGUUGGGUUUAGACUCACUUUAGAGUUUACUGGUCAGAACUUACAAGACACAUAUAUACAGAUAGAACACAACUACACUGUGAGCCGGACAAUACCCACCUAGUGUAAAUCAAAUCGAGUAAAUACCAAUAGAGCGGGUUCAAAAUGUCAUCCGUAUUCUCCAUGUUUCUUUUCUCUAAUAUACAGGUGGGCAAAUACUAGAUUUUCAAGUGACUAAUACAAUUAUACAAAACACCAGAAAAAACACCUGCCAAUCUACAAUACAGGCCAUUCUGGACGAAAACUUUUGAGAUUCUAUAUGGAUGCUUGACGCAUUGCUAAAUUACACUGUGCUUGAUUAUUCAUCUUUGUACCAUGUUAUUAAUACAAAACAGAUCUCAAAUACAGACAAGCUCAAUACACAAUGUUGCUUCUGUCUACAACUCAGAAACACAAAGCAAGAGGCUUUCAUCAAAUAAGAACAUGAGAAAGCCACCUGCAAUAUUUUUUCAGUACAAAAGGAAGAAGAUAAAAAGAACAUCCUGGGGGAAAAUAUACCAGGAGGGGACUUAUGUCUAAAAGAGCAAUCAAAUGGCGGUGGGGGAGAGAUAGUAUGUACAACUCAAGGGUCAGUUUCCUCAAAUAACAAAUCUGAAAAGAAGCU